CCUGCCCACACGCUCACGCACGCGUGCUCACAGGCGCGCGCGCACACACACGCCGCCUCUGGCCGCUUCCGAACUCCGCGCUGACCGCCCCCCCCACCCCCCCAGUCCUCCGGCCCCGCAAAAGCGCCCAUUGACGGCGGCACACCUACACUCAUUCACAGACGCGCAAUCCCCCCCACAUGGCAGCCACAGCCACCACACAUUCAUCAGCAGGGCCUGGAGAAGUGCACACACACUGCACCCCCGCACCCCCUCGCUGCCUACUCCUUUGGGAGCCCUGAGUCAUUCCUGCCCCCAUCCCAGGGCUCCCCCAUCUCCCCGAGUUGCGGGGCACAGUAGGACAAGCUGGAGUCUCCCUUAGUGGUCCCGCCUGGCUCCCUCGCCCAGUUGGCUGCCUCUGUCACUCGGCCAAGGACUUCCUGUAGGUCUGCGCCUGGCCUGGACGCUUGCCACAACCCCAGUGCAGUUGGGGAGGCACUUCCCUUUCCUGAACUCUGGGAUCCUGCGGGAGGAAGUUGGGUGGGGGCCGCAGAGGCCAGGCUGCCUGGUGGGACCGGCCCUCUAGAAACACUGGCCUUCCUUAGGAGCAGGCCACGGAGGCCUGGCAUGGGAAUCUCAGCGGCUGUCGAGGAGGCCCCGUGCGGGCAGAAGCCCUCACCAUGGAGUCCAUGUUUGAAGAUGACAUCAGCAUCCUGACCCAAGAGGCCUUGGGGCCCAGUGAGGUGUGGCUGGAUGGUCCAGGAGACCCCUCUCUGGGAGGGGACAUGUGCUCCGCCUCCCACUUCGCUCUCAUCACAGCCUACGGGGAUAUCAAGGAGCGGCUGGGGGGCCUGGAGAGAGAGAAUGCCACCCUCCGCCGGCGCCUCAAAGUCUAUGAGAUCAAGUACCCGCUAAUCACUGAUUUUGGAGAGGAGCACGGCUUCCCUCUGUACGAAAUCAAGGAUGGCUCCCUGCUGGAGGUGGAGAGAGUCAGUCUGCAGCAACAGCUCAACCAGUUCCAACACGAGUUGCAGAAGAAUAAGGAGCAGGAGGAACAGCUCGGGGAGAUGAUCCAGGCUUACGAGAAACUCUGUGUGGAGAAAAACGACUUGGAGACAGAGCUGGGAGAGAUGCGGGCCCUGGUGGAAACCCACCUUCGGCAGAUCUGUGGUUUGGAGCAGCAGCUGCAGCAGCAGCAAGGCCUCCGGGACACAGCCUUCUCCAGCCUGAGCCCUCCGCCGGCCCCCGCCACACCCUGCCCUGACCUGGACCUGCACUAUCUGGCUCUGAGGGGGGGACCUGCCUUGGGACAUGCAGGUUGGCCUGGCCCUACCAGUGUAAGUGUGGGUGACCUGGAGCUGAGGCGGCUGGAGGAGGCCCUGGAGGCCGCGCAGGGCGAGGCCCGAGGGGCUCAGCUCCGGGAGGAGCAGCUCCAGGCGGAAUGCGAGCGGCUGCAGGGAGAGCUGAAGCAGCUGCAGGAGACCCGCGCCCAGGAUCUGGCCUCCAACCAGUCGGAAUGUGACAUGGCUUGGGUGAAGAGAGUCGGGGACGAUCAGGUGAACUUGGCGCUGGCCUACACAGAACUGACAGAGGAGUUGGGGCGGCUUCGGGAGUUGAGUUCCCUGCAGGGGAGGAUCUUGAGGACUUUGCUGCAGGAGCAGGCCCGGAAUGCAGGCCAAAGGCACUCACCGCUGUCGCAGCGCCACUCCCCGGCGCCCGCGUGCCCCUCGCCCUCCCCGCCUGCCCGACCGCCGCCCUGUGCCCCGUGCCAGUCCCCCGCCGCGCAGCGCCGCUCGCCCGUGCCCCCGUGCCCUUCGCCCCAGCAGCGCCGCUCGCCCGCCUCGCCCUCCUGCCCAUCGCCGGUCCCCCAGCGCCGCUCGCCGGUGCCGCCGCCGUGCCAGUCACCCAGCCCGCAGCGCCGCUCGCCCGUGCCACCCAGCUGCCCGGCCCCGCAGCCCAGGCCGCCGCCGCCGCCGCCGCCCGGGGAGAGGGCGCUGGCCGAGCGCGCCUACGCCAAGCCGCCCAGCCACCACGCCAAGGCGGGCUUCCAGGGCCGCCGCAGCUACUCGGAGCUGGCCGAGGGGGCGGCCUACGCCGGCGCCUCCCCCGCCUGGCUGCAGGCCGAGGCCGCCACGCUCCCCAAGCCCCGCGCCUACGCCGGCGAGCUCUACGGCGCCGCCGCCAGGCCGCUCAGCCCGCGCCGCGCCUUCGAGGGCCUCCGCCUGCGCUUCGAGAAGCAGCCGUCGGAGGAGGAGGAGUGGGCCAUGCCCGCCAGCCCGCCCAGCCCCGAGGCGGGCACCAUCCGCUGCGCCUCGUUCUGUGCGGGCUUCCCCAUCCCGGAGUCGCCCGCGGCCACCGCCUACGCCCACGCCGAGCACGCACAGUCCUGGCCGUCCAUCAACCUGCUGAUGGAGACAGUGGGCUCCGACAUCCGCAGCUGCCCCCUCUGCCAGCUGGGGUUCCCUGUUGGGUACCCGGAUGAUGCCCUCAUCAAACACAUCGACUCCCACCUGGAGAACAGCAAAAUCUAGGGCGCCUCUCCCACCACUGGCUGUUCCUCUGCGCUCCCUCAUCACCCCCCAACCCAACACUCACUUUGAAUGCUGCAUGAACCUCGUGGGGGGCCCCCGCCCCUUGCGGUCCCCAGAUACCUCCACUAGCUACUGAGUCAACGCGUGUGCCGUCUUCCCUGGUCCAGGCACCACUCCGCUCUGGCUCUGUCCUGGAGGUCAACCAAGGUUCUCUCCGCCUUCCUGGUUUCCACUGGGGAGUGGGGAUCUGUCUGGUCUGGCAUGAGGAGGACGCACCUCCACCUCUCUCAGCCUUCCUGUUUUUCACCAGGGUUGGAUCCAAGAAGAAGUCUAGCGCUUGGGGGAGGGAGAGGAGGAGGCGGUGUCAAGAGCUCCGGGAGCCCCCUCCCAAAUGUCCAUCUUUACCGGGCUGUGUUCUUCCAGGGGAGACCUCUUGAGAGGGUCUCAGAGCCUGCCCUGCCCACCCACGCCAGCCCUUUUGUGCCCUGACCGAGCGGCUUGGGGCUCAUGGCACUGGGGAAGGAGGCAUCUCAUUUCCUGUUCGUCUCUGCAGGCCAGCUCUGUUCUCCCCCUCUGCCCACCCCCGGGGAAACGGGAAAUGUGGCAGAGGUGUGGGAGGACCCUGUAGGCCUUGGAUGAUCCAGCCCAAACGGGCUGCCUUGAAGCUGGGACUCCUGGGCCAUCACCCUCAGUCCAGGGAACUGUCCCCCAGCCUCACAGGCCUGGGCCCUUCUGGAGCCCCUGGCACUAAGGUGCAGAUCACCAAGGCACAUGCCUCCAUGCUCCCCGACUGCAGCUCCUGACACCACAGGCGCCCCGAGCCCCAGGUGUGACUCAGCCUGUGUUGGGGGCAGGUGUCAGCCCCUCCCUCCCAGGCCAGAACCUGCGAAUGGGCCCUGGGUGCUGUGGAGAUCAACUUCAAAAGAGCUAAUCCCCUUUCCCACACCAACCCACCCACCCCUAUAUUCCCUCUGUGAAAUCUACCUCAGAGUCGUCCCCUCAGAAAGACAGGGGAGCGGGAGGCUGGGGCCCCAGGCUGAGGUGGGAGCCUCUUGAGGGAGCCUGCUGCCCACGAUGAAACCACCCCUCACUUUGAGCCUCCCUGGGGCCUUGGCGAGUCGGUGGCAGUGACAACCGCUGUCCGUCGAAUGCGCCAUUCUGAUCCAAAUCUUCCAGGCCCCCUCCCCACACCCCUCCUUCCUCUGUGCAGGGGGUGAGGGGUAUGUCAGCAGGGAAGGGGCCAAGGACUCCAGAGACAUGUCAUCGCACCCCGAGUGUUCCCGGGGAGGGGACAUGGGGAAGGGGGCCUGUAGACUGGAGAGAGGGCCUGCGCUCUCUGAACAAGUUGAAAGUCCAAAUAAAACUUACGUGUUCCA